UUAAUCUUCAGUUACACACUUUUUAAGACUACUUCAAAUGGCUAUCAAUUUAAAUAUAGACCAGGUCACUGUGUCAAAGCAAAUCAAAAUUGCAGCCAUUUCUAAAUCUGUUUACCGAAAGUUGGCUUAUCAAACAAAAUUUAACAUCGCUUAUGCAUCUAACUCGGCAUACAGGCAACCUCUAUCCAUCCGCCAAUGAUGGUGUUAAUCAGCUAGGCGGUGCAUUCUCGAAUGGGAAACCUUUGCCACUGCACAUACGUGUCCGCAUACUCGAAAUGGCUUUGCUUGGAUUUCGGCCGUGCGAUAUUUCGCGUCGUCUCUUGGUGUCCCAUGGAUGUGUAUCAAAGAUAUUAUCGAAGUUCGCGGAAACCGGCUCCAUCUUACCAGGGGCCAUCGGUAAGUUGUGCGGAUCCAAGCCUCGUGUAUCGACUCCUCUGGUAAUUGAAACAAUUCUCGGGUACAAGAAGGAAAACAAUUCACUGUUUGCCUGGGAAAUACGGGAGCGCCUCUUAAAAGACGGCGUAUGUCCUCGCGAAGCGUUGCCGAGCGUAUCCAGUAUAAACCGAAUUCUUCGCAAAAAACAUGAAUGUCAGGCAGGCGAUGAACCAGUCAGACCUCACAGGCGACGAGUAUAUCGCCGGCUGGACACUGAUGAAAAAGACAUCGCUGUUGUUUCGACGGACACCAGCGACCAGAUCGCUGUCGAUCCUCCGAGGAAAUCAUUUCUUAUUCAAGACCUGUUGUAA